AUGUUUUUAGCACGACUCGGUGAGUGUGCUGUGUUCGCGGCGAGACCUGAAACGCGACGGCGGCGAUCGUCGAACGAUGCGAUGAAUCGAAGCAAAAGUGUCGGCCGACGCGACGGACGCCCGCGCGAGGCCAAACAGUACAAAGUGACGGUGGCGGUGCUCGGCGGCGAACGAGUCGGCAAAUCCGCUCUGGUCUCGCAAUUCCUUUGGCAGAAGUUUGUCAGCGAAUAUCGCGCCACCGUCGAAGAAUUCAACUGGAUCGAGUACGAGGUCGAAGAGGGAAGAGUUCUAAUGGUUCAAAUUAUCGACUCUAGCGGCUCUCGAGAUUUUAUUGGCAUGCGAAAUCUGUACAUUGGCACUGCCGACGCAUUCAUGGUAGUGUUCGCCGUGAACGAUCCAUCGUCGCUUAUUGAAGCGAGAUCAACUAUCAACGAAAUCGUGGCAAGACGCGGUCCCUAUGUGCCAAUUGAAUUAGUUGCGAAUAAAACCGACAAAGAGAAAUUAUGCGAUUUUGAUGAGCAUGAGCAGAUGAACAGUGGAAUUUGCUACCGAGAAUGUUGCGCAAAAAAUCAAGAAGAAGCGCGGCAAUGUUUCCAAGAUUUAAUUGCUCGGAUUCGGCCAACACUCAAUUUUCAAGGCGGAAGCCUACGCAAACGUCGGCAAUCAAUGCCGUCGAGUCGUGCCUACAGCGGUGUCGAAUCUCGCGAUAUUCAGAAAGUGCGCGACUCAACUCGUCAGAAUUGCCUCAUUUCAUAA